UGGAUUUGGGCAUCUGACUCGAUUCUAAUUGCGAAGGCCGCCUCCAAUAAGACCCAGAAAUAAAUAUGGAGUUGCAGAGAGGAGGAGGAGGAAGAAGAAGAAGCUGAAGCUCUGCUUCACCUUCUUCUUAUGACGACGUAUUCAUUCUUCAGUCAUGGCCUCUUCUCAACACCGCUGCGUUUUUGUUGGGAACAUACCCUAUGAUGCUACUGAAGAACAGCUUAUUCAAAUCUGCGAGGAGGUCGGUCCAGUCGUGUCCUUCAGAUUGGUUAUUGAUCGAGAAACAGGGAAGCCAAAAGGUUAUGGAUUCUGUGAGUAUAAGGAUGAAGAGACAGCAUUAAGUGCUCGUCGUAAUCUUCAGGGCUAUGAGAUCAAUGGCCGGCAAUUACGAGUUGAUUUUGCUGAAAAUGAUAAAGGUGCUGACCGAAAUAGAGAACAGGGUCGUGGUGGGCCUGGGAUGGUUGCUAAUGUUGAACCUCAAAAACAAGUGGGUGGACCAGCAAUCCUUGGGGAUGCUGCUCUGCAUCAGCCAGUUGGUCUUCCAUUGGCUAUGGCUGCUUCAUCUGUCAUGGCAGGAGCUCUGGGAGGUGCUCAGGCUGGUAGCAAGUCCAAUCAAAAUGGUUUUCAGAGUCAGGCAAUGUUGGGAAGUGAUCCUUUAACUCUUCAUCUAGCAAAAAUGUCUAGAAACCAGCUGAAUGAGGUCAUUUCUGACCUGAAGGUAAUGGCUACAAAAAACAAGGAAUUAGCAAGACAGCUACUGCUCACAAGCCCACAGUUGCCAAAAGCUCUUUUUCAGGCGCAGAUAAUGCUAGGAAUGGUGACUCCUCAAGUGUUGCAGAUGCCUAAUAUUCGGCAGGCUUCAGUUCCACCCACACAGCCUGUGUUACAAGAUGGUCAACAGGGUCAGCAGCUAGCAGUUCAAACUCUUAGUGGGCUACCCCCUCUUGCACAGAGCAAGAUGCAGCUUGGGUUGAUGCCCAAAGGACAAGAAGGCCAAGUGUCUGCCAUGCCUCAUAAUUCUUUGGUUCAUAGCCAGUUUUCUGCACUUCCACAACAGCCGGCACAGCCUCAAAUUCAGCUUCCACCCCAAGGCCACAACCAAGCUCUACAACAAGCCACAUUUGCUGGACAGUCAGGAGUUACGGCGCUUCCAUCUGUACGCCCACAGCCGCCAGCCAAAUUGCCUGUUAGGCCACAAAUUCAGGUGGCAUCUUCCUCUUCUUUGAAGCAUCAAAUGCAACCCCCUUUGUUACAACAACCAGGACAGUUUGGAUCUGCAAAUUCAGGGCAUAAUAGUCAGCUGGUUAUUCCAAAUGCAACUCUUCGACCUACACUUAUGACUCGUCCUUCAUUCCCAGAUCCAGGCUUUCAGCCUGGCUCCUCAACAUUUUCGAGCAUUCCGGAGACAACUAAUAACAAUGCUGAUAGAUCUUCUCAAGUUACUAAUAACACCUAUUCAAACAUGCCUUCGGGGUUAUCUAUGAAAAAAAGCAUGGCCCGUGAUACUUCUGAACCAAUGAAUCACCCUUCAAAAAUGGUGAAAUUGGAUGAUGGACGGAGGGCCCCUUUUUCUACUGUGGGUUUGAAUUUAUCUACCAGUUCUGCAUCUGCAUCUGGACCAUCCCAAGUUCUUGGAAUUGGCUCAGUCUCUGCAAACCAAAUAAGUAAAGCAGAAGAAGUGCAACACAUGGAUAAGAAGGCCCCUCAGUUGCAGCUUCCACCUGAGAUUGAGUCAGCCUUGCUGCAGCAAGUAUUGAACCUGACACCAGAGCAGCUAAGUUCACUGCCACCAGAACAGCAGCAAGAAGUCAUUCAGCUCCAGCAAAUGCUUCGAUGAGUGCUGCUCCUUCUGACUCGGGCUGACACAGCAUGUAAGAUACACAAUGAGCGGCCAUUGUAAUCAGCCCAGGCAAACUUCUCCAUCCUCGGUUCCAGGAAAGAAGAGCUGGUGAUUAGAUUAUGGUUGUAAAAUUAUUCUUCACAUGAGAGAGAGAGAGAGAGAGGAGAGAGAUCCAGUUCUGGAUCCGAAAAAUGCAUAAUGAUAGUUGCAUUCAUGUAAUAGUGAGCUUGUGAUUAGCACAUGUAAACGAAAUGAUAAAGCAGAAAGGAAAAAUUUUGAGCAAUGUUCAUUUUGCCAGGACUCUAUAUUUUAUUUUC